AUGGCGACGACGCAGCUCAAAUCCGACGCAAUCAUGGACAUGAUGAAGGAACAUCUCUCCACCGACGCUGGCAAAGAAGUGACUAAGAAGAUCGGUCUCGUCUAUCAGAUCAAUAUCGCUCCGAAGAAAUUAGGGUUUGAGGAAGUUACUUACAUCGUCGAUCUGAAGAAAGGCGAAGUCACCAAAGGAAAAUAUGAGGGGAAAGUGGAUGCAACUUUUUCCUUCAAAGAUGAUGACUUUGUCAAAGUUGCUACUGGGAAGAUGAAUCCUCAGAUUGCUUUCAUUAGGGGUGCGAUGAAGAUCAAGGGUAGUCUGAGUGCUGCGCAGAAAUUUACUCCAGACAUUUUCCCAAAGCCCUCAAAGUUGUGA